ACCGGAAAUGAUCGUGAGGACGUGAAGUGGCCGCAGGUUGGCUAGUUUUCAAUACUUCCCACACUACAGCUCCCGACAUUCCGUCUCGGCCUCGCUGUUCUCUCUUCAUGUAUAUGUAUAAGGCGCUUCUGCAGUGAGCCGCUGGAUAGUGAUGUGUUUUAAGGAGGUGGCUCCGUGUUCCGUUGAGGUUGAGAGCGCUCAAAUGCACUCGGCGUUUUAACCAGCGUCUCAAUGCGGAGGCUGCAGGAACAUCCUAAUGGCAACCAGUAAGGGAGAAUGCGCUAACCAGACGACCACAGCGCGUUCGCGGAUGUGUUUAGCUCAGAAUUACCUUUAGCGGCAAGGUUACCAAAAAGAAAAUAUUGGAUUAUUUUAUGAAGACCAUCUGAUUAUAAUGUCUCCGCAAUGUUGGAUUUCCUUUUUUUGCAUCUAUGGAGCGAUGUGCAUCGUACAUUCCAGCAAUCCUCUCCUACGAAUAGGAGACGCCUUGUCAAAUGGGAAGACUGAUCGGGACACAAACAGAUUUUUCGGAAAGGAAAUUACCAUACCUCUUCGGUUAAUUUACCGCAUGGACAACGACAGUCAAAUCUCACACGACGUACUCAACACCAGGAUAAAAGCAAGUUCCGACUCAAAACAGAGUACGCAUGUAGCUCAAGCAAGCUUCCAAGUGGACGCUUUUGGUGCAACAUUCAUCUUCGAUGUGGAACUCAAUCAUGAUCUCCUGUCUUCAAACUAUGUGGAGAGACACAUUUCAGAAGACGGGAAGUCCAUCAUUUCCAAGGGCGGGGAACACUGCUACUACCAGGGCAGAGUCCGAGGGGUCCCCGAGUCCUUUGUGGCUCUUUCCACCUGCCACGGGCUACAUGGGAUGUUCUUUGACGGAAAUCACACCUACAUGAUUGAACCAGGAGGAAACGACAGUGUCAGCGGAGAUGUUUCCGUCCAUAUGAUAUACAAGUCCAGGGGCAUGGAGGCUGCCGCUGACUACAUUCCUCCCGCUGAUGCUCCAGAAACAGAUGCUCCACCCAUCCCUGACACCAUGGGGGCCCAUAGGAGGAGAAAGAGACAGGUGUCCAGAAUUCCACACAGUGUUGAAGAUGAAACCAAGUAUAUUGAACUUAUGGUUAUCAAUGACCACCUGAUGUAUAAGAAACACCGUCUCUCUGUCGGUCAGACAAAUAAUUAUGCAAAGUCUGUUGUGAACAUGGCCGAUAUCAUUUUCAAAGAACAACUGAACACCAGGAUUGUCCUGGUAGCUAUGGAGACUUGGGCAGCUGACAACAGGUUCAAUAUAAACGAAGACCCCAUGGUGACCUUGCGGGAAUUCAUGAAGUACAGACGGGACUUCAUCAAGGAGAAGUGCGACUCAGUGCACCUAUUCUCAGGGAGCCGUUUCCACAGUAGUAGGGGAGGAGCUUCUUAUCUUGGAGGAGUCUGUUCACUGACUAAAGGUGGAGGAGUCAAUGAGUAUGGAAAAACAGACGAGAUGGCUAUAACGCUCGCACAGUCGUUGGGACAAAACAUCGGCAUUUUUUCCGACAAGAAACGAAUCCUCAAUGGGGAAUGCAAGUGUGAUGACAGAUGGUCGGGGUGCAUAAUGGAUGAUGUUGGCUUCUACCUGCCCAAGAAGUUUUCUGACUGUAACGUGGAAGAAUACCACAACUUCCUGAACAGUGGCGGUGGAGCAUGUCUCUUCAAUAAGCCCUUGAAGCUGUUGGACCCUCCAGAAUGCGGCAAUGGAUUCGUGGAGUCGGGGGAGGAAUGUGACUGUGGCAGCCCUGCGGAGUGUCAAAAAGAGGGUGAAAACUGCUGUAAGAAGUGCACGUUCACCCAGGGCUCCAAGUGCAGCGAUGGACUCUGCUGUAAAAACUGCCAGAUGGAGUUCAUGGGCGUGGUGUGCCGAGAUGCAGUGAACGACUGCGAUAUUCCUGAGAACUGCACUGGAAACUCCAGCCAGUGCCCACCAAACGUACACAAGAUGGAUGGAUACACUUGCGAAAAAGAUCAGGGUCGUUGCUUCAAUGGAAAGUGCAAAACUAAAGACAGACAGUGUAAAUACAUAUGGGGAGAAAAAGCAACUUCGGCAGACAAGUUCUGCUAUGAAAAGCUGAACAUCGAAGGCACCGAGAAAGGAAACUGUGGAAAGGACAAAGACACUUGGAUUCAGUGCAACAAGCAGGACGUGCACUGCGGCUAUCUGCUGUGCUCCAACAUCUCACCGGCCCCCCGGCUGGGAGAGCUGCAGGGGGGGCUCACGUCCUUCUCUGUGGCCCAGCACAGUGCCUCUUUGGACUGCAGUGGGGGUCAUGUGAUCAUCGAUGGCGACACGGACCUGGGCUACGUGGAAGACGGGACCGCGUGCGGCACCGAUCGGAUCUGCUUCAACCACAGGUGUCUCCCAGUGCAGGAGUUCAACUUCAGCACCUGUCCCGGCACCACCGAUAAGAAGAUCUGCUCUGGCCAUGGAGUCUGCAGUAACGAGCUGAAAUGUGUUUGUCACCUGGGUUGGGCCGGGGAGGACUGCAACGCCACCUCACCCCUCAGCUACCUGGUUGUCGGGCCAACAGCCAGUGCCUCUGGUGUCAUCAGCACCAAUAUCAUAAUAGGUGCCAUUGCAGGCACCAUUCUUGUCCUGGCUCUAAUUUUAGGGAUCACUGCCUGGGGCUACAAGAGCUACAGGCAGAGGAGGCAAAUGCCGCCGGGGGACUAUGUGAAGAAGCCGGGGGACGGCGACUCCUUCUACAGCGACAUGCCCCCUGGCGUCAGCAGCAACUCCGCCAGCAGCUCCAAGAAGAGGUCUGCCUAUCUGUCGCACUUACAGAUCUAUACGUGCUCCUUCACUCCGUCCAUCCCAUCCAUAAGUCAGAACAUCUCAUUGUUUGGCUUCAGGUCCAAUGGCCUGUCCCAUUCCUGGAGUGAGAGGAUUCCGGAUGCCAAACACAUCUCUGACAUCUGCGAAAACGGACGACCGAGGAGUAACUCCUGGCAAGGAAACCUGGGAGGCAACCGGAAGAAGCUGAAAGGGAAGAAAUUCCGCCCACGCUCCAACUCUACAGAGUAUUUAAGCCCCUGCUUCAAAACAGAGUAUUAUGUAACUAAGUGGGUAGAAGAUGUGAAUAAAAACACUGAAGGACCGUUUAUUAGGACGCUGUCGCCGGCCAAGUCGCCCACCUCCUCCACUGGAUCCAUCGCUUCCAGUCGGAGAUACCCUUAUCCGAUGCCCCCACUUCCUGACGAGGAGAGGAAAGCCAAUCGGCAAAGCGCUAGGCUAUGGGAAACAUCAAUAUAAAGCCCCUAUUUACUCAGCAAAACUACUUAAGAACUACAUUUUCGUCUGCUUUUAUAUGAAUGAAAAACACAAGGAAACAAAACAGGAAAACUAAAGUAAAGGAGAGGGUGUGUAUGUGAGGACCUCCCCGACCAAGCCACUCACCAGGGGGCGCUGCUGUGCUGGCUGACUCACCCUGGGCAUCAAGGAGUACAAUUUCACCACCAGACCACACCGUCUGUGAGCUCGUCCUGCGCUUAGGAAACAUGGCCGUUGUGCAGAAGGGGGGAAAAUAGCAAAAUAAUCACAGCGGCAACAGCGCUCAAGAUAGGAACUUCCUGAACAAAAGCCUGCCACUUCCUCCUCUCCUCUCAGCUCCCGCCCCUUGCCCUCUGAUGCCCCACCCCCCUCCCUCCAGGCCCACCCAUGUCCAGUGUGAACGAUCUCUUCGAUUGGUGCUCUAUCCGAUGCAAUUCGAACAGGUCACUAUAAAGCAGGAUUAUUUAACAUUUUGAAGCACGCGAUCACUGUAGAAAUAAAACACUGUAUGCAUGUGAAAAAAAACCCUCUGUUUAUUGAUUCCUUGUAGUGUUUUAAAGCGAACACAGUAGGGGACAGCAUGUGGAAGACGGCGAUUAUGUAGGCCCUUAAAAUUUGAUUUCUAUUUAGGCUUCUUGAGGAUCAGCGAUACCAUUCACAUCAUAGCUUGCUGUGAAUCAUGCUCGCAUUCCAGUCGUGUUCUCGUCUGGGUUUUUUUGGAGUGGGUUUGUAAAUAUGUAUAGGUCAAAACCACAGUCAAGAUGUAGUGUUUCUUAUAAGACCUCUUAGAAUGGAGAAAGUUGACGAUGUUUGUCUAUACUGCCUCCCCCUGUCAUAGUAUUAUUGAUCAGCUCACUCAGAUGAAACAGUCCAGUAAGGAAAGUCUUUUUCUUUGGUAGUAUACACCUGCUACCUUAAAAAAAAAAAGUUUAUUUCCACAAUGUUAACUGUGAACUGUCCGUGCAGCCAGAACCACAUGCUAGUGCUUCUAAAAUUCAUUUCUGAACGACAUCAAAGAAGCCUCGACAGGAAGUUCUUCCCUGAAUUCUGAUACCUACUGGUGUUUGCCAACCUUUUGAGUAUGCAAGGCAGAUAUGCAGGAAAGGGAAAUGUAACAGCGAGGAAAUUAUGAAUUCACAUUGGAAAUUAAGUAUAGUAACACUAAAGUUCAUUUGCUUGAGCAAGCAGAUAUAAACACAGAAGAAGCCACAGGCAGAGUUGGCAACUCAGUGAAUUAUUUCAGAAGACUUCCUUAUGACAGUUACCUCUGACUGAAUUGUGAUUGUAGACCGAUGGUUCUCAAACUCGGUGUGCUGGUUUUUGUUACAGCCAAUAUCUUGCUUGUUGAACACGUUUCUUUCAUAAUUUUUCUGUAAUCUUAUUAACACAAUGUAGGUUUGGCUUAUUUGCUUUGUCUUUAAAUUAAUUAUCUAUCAGAUAGUUCGUUUUAGUGGCCAAGUGUCCACACAUCCAUCAAUGAGGAGCCUAAUGAUUCACCAGUUUAAUUUCUUUUCUUUUUUUACCCCUUUUCAUGUAAUUGCAUUUAUAGUUCCACACAAUGUGAAUACUUUGCUUAGGAAGGUGAAUAAUCCAUCAAAAUCCAAAAAAAAAAACAUGAAAAGCAUAAUUAAUAAGAACGUGUUAAAAUCC